CGGAUAUCCUGUUAUGCUGCUAUACUUAGCUUGAAAGUGGUCAAUCAGGCAGGUAGUAUCCUUUUUUUAGGUUUAUGUAGUCUUUUGCGACAUUUCCAAGUUGAUAAAAAUCAAAAGAACAGAAUUGGUCAGCUCGCUAAGCGCGACACGUCACUGACAAUAUGACUAAGCACGAGUUUGAGGUGGACAUGACCUGUGAAGGAUGCUCUGGAGCCGUUACUAGAAUCCUCAACAAGCUUGGAGAUGUUAAGUUUGAGAUCGACCUGCCCAAGAAGCUGGUUUGGAUUGAGUCGGACAAAGAUGUGGACGUUCUCAUGGAGACGCUGAAGAAAUGUGGAAAGGAAGUCAAGUACAACGGCACUAAAUGAAGGAAACCCUGCUGGUGCAAAGCAAAGAAUUAAGCUAGACUUGAAGUUAAUUACCAGGAGACCCCAAAGGUGCCACUCCUCAUCAACCCAUGUGCUUGGAAAAGAUCUGGGAGGCAAACUCUCUCUCUCAGAUUGAGGCCCCUCAUUUCAAGCUGACAGUUGACAAAUAACUCUUGGUGGAUGAUGUUAUCAUGGAUUCAGGUUUGGAAAACAGAAAAAAAA